UGUUGCUUAGCAACCAAUUUACCUCGCCAGAAAGGAAGCUGAUGGCUAAGAAAGAAGUGAUUUAGGAAGUUUUAUUUCAGUAAAAUAAAACAAUUUUACACCCAUCGUGACGAAUAAAUAAAACAAACCUGUGUAACAUCGUGUGUUUCUCCUGCCUGCCGACGCAGCUUCUGUAUCUUGCGCACAUGAAGCUAAUUCCCCACAAAGUUUACGCUACUGCGUAAAAAAAAAAAAAGGCGUCAAACGCGUCGGUUUAUAUUUUCGCUCCCGUGUUUCGUCAGUGAUGCGCCAUCCAGUGGCUUCCCCCCUUCUGCUCGCUCACUACACCGCUCCUGCUUCGACGCAUGAAUUUCUCUCCAGCUGAACCGUCUGGCGUUCGCCCGGCCCACCGCGGCACAACGCCGGCUGCUCUGCCCUCUUGUUCCAGAAAGCAGUCCUCCGUCAUGACCUCCUCCUUCUGCCGCUCCUGUGAAAUUCGCUAAAUGGGAUUUGCGGCUGGCCCCAGGUUUCCAUUAUCUUUUUAAUGAGGACAGCCGUCCGGGGUCUGAGCGGCUUUCUGGCGGUGCGUCUCUGAUUUUUGGGCUGAAUCUGAAGACGCGUUAAAGGUCUGCACAUGGGGGCAGGCAAGAGUAAGCCCAAGGAGCCGGGCCAGCGCUCCAUGAGCCUGGAUGGUACCAUAGGCACAGGCUCAGACAGCGGACACUUCCACCACCUGGGCCCCUCUCAGCAAACGCAGACCCCCAACCGAAGCCCUGCUGUCGGCACAGGCAGGCCGAGGUACCAAGGGCAGCACCAACACGCCCCGACAAAUACGCCAGAACUGAGUCUCUUCGGAGGGGUGGACCACACAGGAACAGUAACAUCACCUCAGAGAGGACCUUUGUCAGGAGGCGUCACUACAUUUGUGGCGCUGUACGACUACGAGUCGCGGACAGUGAGCGACUUGACCUUCAGGAAAGGCGACCGGCUGCAGAUUGUGAACAACACAGAAGGGGAUUGGUGGCUCGCUCGCUCGCUCACAACAGGAGAAAGCGGUUACAUCCCCAGCAACUACGUGGCUCCGUCCGACUCCAUCCAAGCUGAAGAGUGGUAUUUCGGGAAGAUCACUCGACGUGACUCAGAGAGGCUCCUUUUGAACCCGCAGAACCGACGAGGAACCUUCCUAGUGCGGGAGAGCGAGACCACGAAAGGGGCCUACUGCCUGUCAGUGCUGGAUUACGACAACACCAAAGGCCUCAAUGUGAAACAUUACAAGAUCAGGAAGCUGGAUAGCGGAGGUUUCUACAUCACCUCUCGCACCCAGUUCACCAGCUUACAGCAACUAGUCUUCCACUACCGCAGUGAGUAUUCAGGCAGUGCUGAUGGUUCACCUCUUACAACACUAAUCUGCCUUUUCACUCUGUCUCCUUUCCUUUUUUCCUCAGAGCACUCAGAUGGGUUGUGUCAUGCUUUGACGGAUGUAUGUCCAGUGGCCAAACCUCAGACGCAAGGCUUGGCCAGGGAUGCCUGGGAGAUUCCUCGAGAGUCCCUCCGCUUGGAUGUUAAACUCGGACAGGGCUGCUUUGGAGAAGUCUGGAUGGGAACAUGGAAUGGUACAACGCGGGUAGCCAUUAAGACCUUAAAGCCAGGCACUAUGUCUCCAGAGGCUUUUCUGCAGGAAGCACAGGUCAUGAAAAAGCUAAGGCACGAGAAGCUGGUCCAGCUAUAUGCCGUAGUGUCUGAGGAGCCCAUCUACAUUGUGACAGAGUAUAUGAGUCAAGGUAGCUUACUGGACUUCCUUAAAGGGGAUGCAGGAAAGAUGCUUCGUCUGCCACAGCUGGUAGACAUGGCUGCUCAGAUUGCUGCCGGGAUGGCUUAUGUGGAGAGGAUGAACUACGUUCACAGAGACCUGCGUGCAGCAAACAUCCUGGUGGGAGACAACCUGGUGUGUAAGGUGGCCGACUUUGGUCUCGCAAGACUGAUUGAAGACAACGAGUACACAGCAAGGCAAGGAGCCAAGUUUCCAAUCAAAUGGACUGCACCAGAGGCAGCGCUGUACGGCCGUUUCACCAUAAAGUCAGACGUCUGGUCCUUUGGGGUGCUUCUCACAGAGCUCGCAACCAAAGGCCGAGUUCCUUAUCCAGGUAUGGUUAACCGAGAGGUGCUUGACCAGGUUGAGCGUGGCUACAGGAUGCCUUGCCCAGCAGAGUGCCCCACUUCCUUGCAUGACCUCAUGCUUUCCUGCUGGAGGAAGGAUCCUGAAGAAAGGCCUACAUUUGAGUAUCUGCAGGGCUUCCUAGAGGACUACUUCACCUCCACAGAACCCCAGUAUCAACCUGGGGAGAACCUAUAGAACCGCAAACUGUAUCAAACCCAAAUGGGGAGUGGGGCCUCAGCACUGAAUGAUCUGCACUAACCGACCUCAGAGGAGGAUCUGAGACUGUGAAACUAAUCUGUGAGGAACUUCUUCAGUGGAAUCAAAACCAAGACCGAAAACUGCAGAAGUCCCUCUCUGUGCCGUACAGAAACUGCUGUGGAACAAUCCGGAGAAACCGGUGUUCUGGAAGCCAUCACAGUCGACCCAAGUUCUCCUGCUGGUUAUUCUCCGACUCAGAUCAAACGGAGAGACUUGCAGGUAAAUGUUUAUGUGAGGUGCAACGGAUGUGAAGAGGAACCAAAUCAGGACUCAGAGUCGGUGCAUAAAGAACAAACUUCAUGAUGAAGAGAAAGAGGACAGAGAAAAAACUUCAAAUUAAUUAUGAGCUGUUAUGAGUGAACUCGCCCUUUUUCCAUCUCUUCACCAUCAUGUCAUACCUUUUCCACCCACACAAGAGCACUACCACUGUGGCUCAGGUGCCAAAGGAAAACUCCUUCUCUAUAUCUGCUCUGCCACUCUUCCUCUUUCUCUCCCUCUCAGUCUUUCAGUUUCUCCCCAGUUUUCUUCAAGUGCUGCUUCUUUAAAGUGUCUCAGCUCUGAAUCUCUGCAUCUUUAUCGUUCAGUUUAUUUGGCCAGCCUGUUUCCUUUGGUGGAAACAUUUAAUGUCAGACAAACUUGCUAUGUUUGCUUUAUUUUGUGUGUGUGUGUGUGUUUUUCAAUAGACAAAAUUGGUAAAAUCCCAAUCAGUGAUUGCCUGGUCAGACGGGCAGGUUCUGUCACGUUAACAUCAACGUAAUGUUUGAGGCCUUUUUCUCCCGUUUGCUCAUGCUGGUACCAAACCUCCAUUAAGACGACUGAUGCAGGUGGUGCCCAAAUGCGUAUUGUUUUGAUUGAUCUCAAUUAGCUGGGAAAAAAAAUCUCAGAGGAUCAACGCUGUCAGAGGCGCGCUAACGGGCAUUUUUAAAAGAUUUCACAGCACAAAUAUCUUAGAAAUUAUACUUCUGUCAAGCAGUUCUGUGCGUAGGCUGACAUGGGUAUCUGACCAAUCGUAAUAGUGGUAAAUAUCUAACUCAACAUGGGAAAUCAAUUUCUUGCUUAUGUACAUAUAAGCUGUUAUGCUCACAGAACAACCUUAUAACAUUAACUGAGUAACAGAUGUUUUUUUUAAUCAUGCAUCAUUAAUAAAAUAUGCAACUUGGAAGCCCUAAAGAAACCGGUAAACCUCUGAUCAGGUAAAACUAAUAAAGCUGUUUGAGUUUCUGAAGCUUAUUAGCAUGCUUUUGUGCUCGUCUUUUCUUGAGUAUUGGUUGGUUUUUACUUAGGCUUUAUAUCCUUCUGUUCAUUAAAAGUUCUGCUGUGAUUGUGGGAUCAUUUACAGAGAAAAUUGUCAUUUUUCUGGGUCACUCCACUGCUGUACAUAUCGUAGCUUUUUAGGCUGGGUUUUUGCACCCCAUCUUUUACUUUGCCAAGGCAGGUUUGUGUGCAGGGUGCUUCACCCUUCACUUUAGAGCAGAAGAGCUGUUUUUGUUUUGUUUUGUUUUGCUUGCAGAGUUGACAUAAACCAUGCAGCAAUAAGACAUGGAGUUCCGCCAACAGUUGCAAAACCAUACCGACAAUGACUAAUUUCAAGAACCAGUCUGAUGCUGAAACCACAGGGAAGUGGUGCGGGUUGUGAUGUUACCAUAUGAUAUUAAUAAUAAGGUCAAAGAUGUAAAUAUUAUCUUAAUCAAAUGACUGUGACGAUCAUGUUAUGUUUUUUGUGUAGCUUUUUCAUUUGUUUCGCUUCUUGAGGUUUUUACACUGACACGUCUAAUCAAUGCUUAACUGAUAUUUGAUGUCCUACUGUAAACAGGGCUGAAGAAAAAAUAUUUUUUCACUUUUUGUUUUUCAAACUUCUGUUUAUAUUUCAAAGGACAAUUCACAAUUGGGCGAGAAAUCUGUGCUUUCCUUUUUUUAGACUGGGAAUUACUCCACCUAUGUGGACACUGAGCCGCCAGUAAGUCACUGGAGCAAUGGGGAAGUAAGCAGGCUUAUGACAGAAUGACUAACUCUUAGGUCAGACUGGAUUUUAUGUGCCAUAUUUAAAUAAAGUCUCAUUCUUCCCUUUUCUUCAUUAUUUACUUCAAUUGUUUAUAAAUCUAUGCAGUUUCAGUCUUGCAUUCCUGCAACUUCAUAGCCACUUUGUUCUAAAGUCAAAAUCAAUGAUCAAUGACAGUGUGAGCAUUUUGUAAGAACUUCUUUCAUCUAUUUUUGUUUUUAUGUAACAGGAUUGAUAUAGGUAUUGUGCCACUUUAUGUUGAUCUUUAAAUGUGCAAUAAAUUAUAUUUGAAAUGUG